AUGUCGCCAAUGGGCGCUAAUAAUUUGUAUGAUGAACCCGAGGUUAUGGAGGAGUUCAUCAGUUGUUAUCGACAUUUUACCGCCCUGUGGGAUAGCAGUAGUACCGAUUAUCUAUCAAAACAAAAAAAGGAACCCGGCUAUCAGGAACUAUUGAAAAUCCUGCGACGCGUCAACGGCGGCUGUUCGGUUCAGGACGUUAAACGCAAGAUAAACUCCCUGAGAUGCUGCUACCGUCGCGAGAUCAAGAAGAUACAGGCCUCCGAAAAUGGCUAUCAACCGCGUCUCUGGUGGUUCCACCUAAUGGACUUUCUGAAGCCCGUUCUCAACAUACAAUCGCCGGUCAGGGUAAAAUCGGAGAGUAUGGACGAUAGCCCCGAUGAGACAAGCAUAAAUAAUCGGCAUAAGGCGAAGAGUGCAGGGAUAACGAACAAGUCGUAA